UACAGAUUGGUUCCCUGGCUGGUCCCAUCACGGCCACUACAACCGACAGCCGAACGACGACGGACUCAGCGAGCAGGACUGCGUAGAAGUUCGUAGAGCCUAUGGCCUUCCUGCUGCGGUUGCAGGACCUGCCAGGUUGGCCUCAGCCACGUUUGCUUGGAACGACAGGGACUGUUCGACACCCAACUACUUCGUUUGCGAGAGGCUGCAGAGUGACGAGCCCCUGGAAGACAGCUGGCUGCCAGAAUGCAACAGAACUGUGAUACUAUCCAGGAACCAACCGAAGGCUUCUGUGACAAGUCCGGGGUUUCCCAGACAGUAUCCAGAUAACGCAAACUGUGAUAUCGAUAUUAUCGCCUCGGCUGGAUACAAAAUCAUUCUGGACUUUGAAGAGCUGGUGCUUGAAGACGAACCAUCUUGCAGCUAUGACUAUCUGAUGAUCCUAGAAGUACGGUCCAAUGACUCCACCAGCUUCAAUGAGUCUGUAGCUUCGAAACGCCUGUGUGGCGAUUGGAGCUCGAAGCUCAAGCUACUGAGGCAUGUCAGCAAUGGGUCUAGGCUGAGACUGAGGUUUAGCUCGGAUUAUUCACACCAUUUUGGGGGAUUUAAGGCUAGAGUUUCUAUGGAAAAUGUUAUGCAGUGCAGCGAUGACCAGUUUUUUCUCUACAACAACUCGUGUUACCUGAUCGUGAGCUAUCCAGAAGUGACAUGGAACACAUCUGAACAAAUCUGUGAGGCCACUAAAGCAAACUUAGCUUCUGUUUUGUCCGCCGAAGAGGAGCGAUUCAUUAUAUCCACUAUGAGGAGGACGACAGACUACAGAACCAGUGCUCUUUAUUGGUUAGGCGGACACUCCACACCAGAUCGCAAGUCUUUUUUAUGGUCAGAUGGAAGUCCAGUGACGUACUUAGGCUGGCCACCGGGCACCUCUGCGAAAUACAAAAAAGAAGAGGAUUGGUGUCUGGGUGUCCGGUGGGCAGCUUCGCCAGCUGUUCAUCUACCUAGCGGCUUGUACUGGACCGUUAGACCUUGUUACGAAACAGGAGGAUACGUCUGCAAAAAACCUCAUCACGCCGCGGGAUUAUCUGCUAACCACAACCGCACCAUUAAUGGUACCGAAGGGCGGAUCACCACCCCUAACUACCCUGGCCGUUACUACCACAACUUAGAUUAUUGGGUUAAAGUAUCUGGACCAGAACGGUCCCGCAUAAUAGUGAAAUUUCAAGAAAUCGACGUAGAAUCCCAGCUAGAGUGCCUUUACGACUACGUCGAGCUCAAAACCUUGCAUCGGGGUAGCGGCAAAAGACCUGACGAUGCUGUGAAAUUGUGUGGAUCACAUGACAGGGACAUGGAACGCUUUAAUUUCGUCAGUGAGACAAACGAGUUGAUGGUUAGGUUUCAUUCGGACUAUUCGAUAUCCGGAAAAGGUUUCUCAUUGAGGUGGCAGGCGGUAGAUGUAUCAGCCUGUCCUAUUCAAACUCUGACAGCCAAAGAGGGAGCUAUUGUCACGCCCAACUAUCCCAAUUUCCUGCUCGCCCACUUGGACUGUACUAUAAAUAUAUUAGCUCCGACCGGUAAACGAAUUUGGCUGGAGUUCGCAAAAAACGAUGAAGCUUAUGAAGUUAUUACUACACAAAAGGAUUAUCUUCUGGAAUUGAUGCUGGGGAAAAGAAGUCGGAUGAUCAAGCCGUUCUCAAUUGAAGGGCUACUGACAGAAGGGAGCUUUGUGUCGGUGGAUGAGAGGGUGAAGCUACAUUUACAAACUGGAGACCAGCCUGUAGGUCGAGGAUUCAGCGCAAGCUACAAGAUACUCAAUGUCGUAGAAGAAGAAAAAGUCAUCACAUUGAGCAACUUCACUAGCGGUACUUUGCUACACCUCAACUUUCCCGAUCGACCGCCUUCGAACGUCAAUUUCAUCCAAAGAUUUGUUGCGCCGUUGGGGUGUAUAAUCUCUUUGGAGCUACACAACGUGCGGUUCGCCGAGGCGGAGUGUCCUGGCAAGAAUGGUGUGAUCGAGGUGUUUGACAACUACUCUGACGUCAAUGGAACCACUUGGAAACUGUGUCACGAUCCUGGGGGUGACGACGUAGUAUCCGUCCCUAUCUACAUAUCAUCAUUUCUGAAUACUCUUCAUGUAAGGCAGAGACAUGGACUGCUGGGCGUACCUCUCAACGGAACCAUGAAGGUACUCCUUCCCCCAAAAAGAAAAGAAACAACUCGACUCCGACCAAGAAGAACGCAGCUGAGAAGAAACAGAUCCUGCAACAUCUCGUGUCACCCAUCAACAAACAGAAUCGGAAAGUGAGUCUGGGAGAGCUGAUUCAACUGAGCGACCUAAAGUCCGAAGAUUCGAAUAAAAAUUCGCGUGAUAAUGGAAAAGAAAUCGAGUCUAAAUUUGGAGGAAUGAGCCCCGCCACUGCAGCACUCAAUGAUCCAAAACUGGAAAAGAAGGUAACAUUCGCCCGCCUUCUGAACAAAGUCUCAGCCGAGAUGAGCAGCGGCUCUGACUUCGAAAUGAGCCUGCUUCAGACCAACCGCUUGGGCCUCGCCAUCGCCAGGCCAUCCAGCACUCCUCCGUCUCCUUCAGCAGACAUGAGGUCUCCGCACAGUACCUCCAGCAACCAAGGUAGCACCUCGCUCACUAGCUCUGACCUUGCCAUACCCAGUGCGCUGAGUUCGAGUAUUUCAGAUCUGCUGAUCCAUCGGAGACACAACAGUCAUCAUCACCGGCUACCCAAUGGGAGGCCGAAACCUGCUAGUGCUGAUUCGAUACUCGCCAUGUUCAGGAACUUCUCGUCGAGUACAGCAGGCGUGAACCUACCUUCCUCACUAAGGAUCUCACCAAGCACCACACCUACAGCCUCCAGUCCCCAAGACGACCUCGUUGGAGACGAUGACUCUUCAACAUCCUCGAUACAUACUCCGAUCUCACUUUGUAGUCUUCCACCAGAAAGUCCUGUGUCAUCCAGACAGGGCUCGCAAAGCAUCGAAAUACCGGUACUGGAUCCGCUUAGCGCCCACAAGUCGAAUCAAGGCGCCAGCAGCAACCUGCUGCACCCGCCAACCAUUCUCCUGGAAAUACCGAGCACAAUCAACAAGUGCCUUUCGCCGAUUCACGAAAUGCCGACGCCCCUGCCUUCGCCCGCCCUCACGCCCAUUAUGAGGCGGAGUCCCAUUAUGACCACGCCCCCAAAGGACGACCUAGAGCUAGACGAUGACAGGAUCUCGGUGGAGAUCCCCGGCAUCUCAGUGUGCAGUGAUGGCGAGGAAGGUGGAAGAAGGGUGGAUAUUCAGAUCGAUCCACAAGCGGAGGACGGGUUAAUCAUGGAGGAGGCGGCCGCUAUGCAGAUGAGUAACUGUAAACCCAAGCCUCUACGACCGUCGCCCGUUGGUCAAGCAGCGCCACCUUCUAGUUCAUCCCUUUUCGCUCCGAUGAUAACAAUCGAACCCCCACCACUCGUCAUCCCUACCCUAACCGUACAGACGCCUUCACCUACCAUCCCACAACUCCCUACCAUCACCUUCGGUUCCCCUCCUCCAGUGAGGCGGACCAAUGAUACCUGUUUUCCUUUUCCCUCUCCCAAGCCGUCAAGGAGGAUGCUGAAGGACUUCGAUAAGCCGACAUCGCUGGAUCUACCGAGCGCUCCACCUUUGAUUACCAUCACUUGCAAUAUGAGCGAGGCUGAAUCUGAUGGAGACUCGAUUUCACCAGCUGUCAAUGUUGUUGCUACUACGGCAGGCAUGACAUACCUCAGUCCAUUUUCUAUGAGUACGAGAGGAGAACACAAUGCAUCAGAGUCAAACCUGAGCUCGUCAGGGUACAGUUCCAUGGCGAGUCCAGGACCAUCCAGAUGCGGUUCCAGCAACCCUUUGUGUCCGUCUGAGAUGGAGGACCAAGGUCCUCACGGCUCAGGUCACGGAGCGGGUCAUCGAAGACAAUCAACGCCCAUUCUGAAGAGCAACGCCUCCGCCAUGGCAUGUUCGAGCAACGAGAAGCCUCAACAGCAGGAUCAGAGAAGAGGAAGGUCUGACUCCGAGACGCUGUCUGAUGAUCCGUUGAUGGAGUCGAACGAUGAAGGGAUCGGGACGGAUCAUAUUGACGAGAAGAUUGAUGAUGGAGAGGUCAAAAGUGCCAAGGAGUUGGAGGUGUUCAUGAACGAAACCGAAACGUGCAAACUUCUCCUGGACCUGCCUCUUCCUCCGAUGUUCGCUGCCCCCAAAUGCAGCCUGGAGGAUACCACGGAACGCCUACUGCCGCCUCCAACAACUAACAAGAACUCCUUGCAGCUGCCAUCCAUCGUCGUGCAAUGUGACUCUCCUGGCUGUGAGAAGCAUCUCAGCCCGAUGAGCUCCAGGAGUGAGAGUCCACUGAGUGACAAGACAACUGGUAUGGGAAGGUUCUCCCCGCAGUUCUACGGGAGGAACAAGGAUCUUUUGCCUUUCACGGAUUCCGAUGGCCUAUAUGAUUUCCCUAGUUCGGAUAAGGUCAAUCUGACGACAAGUUCGCAUCCAAAAAAGCAAAGCAGAAAGAGGGAGAAAAAGCAACUUCGCAGUAUCAAAACUCCGAGUCCUACGAAACAGCAGUUACCUCAUCACUCGCUCUUUAGCCAUCUGGAUAUUCCGUGUAAGGAAGGACCACACAAAGUUCCGCCUCCUAGAAAGUUGAGCCCUAAGCGACGAAUCAACAGGUCGCAAGUGGUCAGUUCUUCAUCAAGCUCAGACAGUAUAACCUCCAUGAGGGAAAUGAGGCUAUCAUCAUCCAGCCCGAGUCCUGACACCAUUCGAUGGUCGUCUCCAGUAGCUUGGUCAGCAGAUAAAUGCUCGAGAUCGCUAGAAGCCUCUGCUGAGGAAGCUAAUGAUGUGCAGGAAUCGCCUUCAUUGCCAAACACAUUAGAUUUUUCUAAGAUUCAUUAUAGUCAUCAAAAAGUUAGUAGAUUGCGUGCAAUUAGUCAUCAGAUUAGGUUCCUAAGACGCCUAGAACAGAGCCUGAAGAGAAAAGAUCGCGCCGUCUCCCCAGACAGUCUCGACUCCGGUGAGGAAUCGCCGCGCGCGACGUCACCGCUGCUGCAAAGACCACGCCCACAAGCGGAGAUUCGCAAGAGCAAUAGCAGCGGACUGUUGCAGAUGAGCGGAGUCUCGAUCGGUGGGCGGCGCAAUGGAAACCGAAGGAGUGGGGAGAGAACCGGACAGCAAGAGCCGCUAUUGGCGCAGCCGGUCGUACUGACUGGCAGCGGGUAUUCGGAUUAGGCCACGCCCACAUCCGAUGACUUGGUAAAAGCGACAGUAUGGGUAUUACUGCAGAUGGGCGGAGUCUCGUUCGGAAAUCAUGGGAUGAGACAGCCAAUACCACUAUUGCUGCAGUUUGGUCGUGUUAGCUAGGAAAGGAUGAGGUGGUGAUGCGCAGGAAUAGCAGAGAGUGUGGCUGUGUGUCUAGCUUGGUGGGCGGCACAACAGAAGCCGAAGAGGGAGAGAGGGUGGGACAUGACAACCGCUGCUAUUGGCGUAGCCCGGUUAUGUAGGGACGGG